AUGUCCACAGCGCCGUAUCCUACCAAGCGACUUCAUAAACCUCCCGCCUGCGACUCUUGCAAGGCUCGUCGUGUGCUUUGUCAUCCACAACCCAAUGGCGCUCCUUGUCCUCGAUGCGCGGAACGAAAUGUCGUUUGUACCACCACCCCAACAUCUCGAGGACGUCCGAGAAAGAACCAUGUUACACCAACACCGCAACAACCACAACCAAUCACCGGUCCCUCGAUGUCGUCCCUCACUCUUAUUUCCCCGCAGGUGCACGAGAAACUCGCUGACUGUCCAACAUUGACACCAGAACUUGUCUCCCAUCUCUUCGAUUGCUUCGAUCACCUCCCACAAGUCCUGCACCCUCUUAUACGAGUGACCCUGAUUAAAUCAUCCAUCCGCUCCGUUUCCUUCCAACUCCAUCUUCUGCCAACGGAACUCCGGGUUCUUGCUCUAAGCAUCAUGGCCCAUUCAUCAACCAUCUCAUACCACGAGGCCAUUCUUGGUAGUGCAGAACCACGGCCCAAAUCUUUCGACGAUGCUCUCUUUUUCUCCUCCAGCGCCAAUAUUCGAUUAUGUGGAGUUCGUCGCGCCGCAGCUUGUCGUGCGCUACACGCCACUGCCCUGCGAGCAGCUUGGGACACCGGGGCAAUGCUUCAGGUCUCUAAUGCUAACGCUGCCACAUGUUUCUUCCUUGACUUAUUGGAACAAAAUGAUUUCGAGGGUCUUUCGCGACCUUGGGCAAGCGCAUAUAUGUCACAUGUCCGUGCUCUUGCGCCGCUAUGGCGUGCCUGUGGCACCGCUGAAAGAGAUGAAGUGGGUUGGGCGGGUUUCCUGAUGGCAGAAAUGUUACUCUCCACGAGAAGCAAGAAGCCUGCAUUGGUUUCAUUUGAAGACCAGAUCCUGCUAAGUGGCGGGGAGCCUACAACUUUGGAAACAUUGUUGGCCUCUAUUGAAGCAGCCGCGCAUAAACCUGGAGUCAAGCCACUCUAUCAAGCCAUGAAACCGUAUAUGUUUCAUGUAACGUGCUUAGCACGACAACUCUGGCAAACUGUCACUGGAGACCACGCGCGUCUUACUCCGCUUUCGGAAUCGUCCGCAAUUCAAGCACUCAACGCGCUUGGCCUGCUGCACUCAAUAGCCACACAUUUACUCACACGUGCUGAUAGCAUUCUCUCGCCCUACCCCCGCCCACACACCCCCUUUGUGAUUUCUGAGCCCACAGAAGAACGCGCAGUCCGUGGAUGCACCUAUAUUAUCAUCAUGGGCUUCGUGGGUCUCGUCCUCUCGCUGUACCAGGCCCUCGAUGAUCGGACAAGUCCUGACAGCAAAACACCCAAUACAAGCUCCAGUAUCACGCAAAUAUCCCCAUCAUCAACAUCACUAAAGCUUGCAUUACCUCAGCAGAAAAGCAAUGUCGACUCCCCCCUGCAACGCGCUCGCCGCAAGCUGCUGACUGACCAGGCCCGCCAGCUAGCGCGGGCUGCGGUACAAGAGCUCGCGAGGGCAAUCGAUUAUCUCCCUACCAUCCAUUACGUGCCCACGCAGCUCCAUACGCUCAGAAACUAUGCCCUAUUUGCGAUGGAGGAGCUUCAGACCGGGCUAACCUCGGGUUGCGAUGAGGACGAAGAGCUGUCGCUAAAACAAGAACUCAAAAACUUGACGACAAUUGCCUCGCAGCUGGCAAUGACGGGCUAUUCCCUUGACAUCGCUGGCUCGUUGACGACUGGGCCCAUCAUCGACCGUGUCCAAAGCUUCGUUGGCGAAUUCAGCAUACCCAGUGAUGGUCACGUACUCGAGGAACAUUCGCAACUGGCGCUGCAUCUACCAUCAGAGCCACACGCUGUGCCCGCAUACCCUUUCAUGGAGCCUUUACCUGAUAUCGCGCUGCCGAUGGACUUUCUCCAGAUGCCACGCGCGGACGAAGCGUGGAUGUCGACUAUGCAGCCUCAUCCGGAAUAUUAG